AUGGCUCCAGAACAGAGCGGCGUCUCCGCCGUCCUUCCUUCGCGCGCGAGGGCGGCCGAUGGCGCAGCGGAAGCUCCAGCGGGGGUCCCUGUGGGUCGCUCAGAGAAGGAAGCCUCGCCUGAGGAAGCGUGGCUGGACGCGGUCGCGGAGGAGCCCCUCUGUCUGUUGCUGAGUGAAGGCGAAACGCUGUCGCAACGCAGGAGAGCCCUGGAGAUGACACUUCGCCACCUGGACAGUCUGAUUCAGUCGACUGGAGCCGGCACCGCGGUUGUCGGCGGCUGCGGAGCGCGGGCACCUAGGUCCUUCACUUCGCUGCUGCUGCGGAAUUUGAGCCGCGGUGGCGAGAGCGACGCAGAGGACGAGGCGGAUGCGCAGGGCGAAGAGGCGGGUGGGAGCCGCGGAGAGGGCGCGCUGGCAGCGCCUGCGCGCGAGGCUGCGUCGGCGGACGUGUCCGUGCAGCACGUUUGGGCCCUCAUUGAUGCGGAGGGGAAACGGCUGCUGCGGAAGCUGAGAAAGAAGGUGAAGGACCUGCACACGGCAGAAAUGACCAGCCGACGAGGCCUGAAGCGGAGUCGAAAGCAGCGGCGCCGACGGGCGGAAGACGCGGACGACGGCAGGCCGUCUGCCGCACCAGAGUUCUUCCAGGAUGCCGCAGAGGGCCGGCGGUGGCAAGACCGGUUCCUUUGGCUGCUUCCCUUCGAAGAGGAAGAAAUCCAGGAGAGCGACUCCGACAGAGAGGCAGACGACGAAGAGACGCCAUCGGAGGACGAUGAAGAGGGACAAAGCGACAAUGACGCCAGUCCGGCUAGGCGGGUGGGAGCCGGCAGCGAAUCCGAGGGGGAGGAGGAUGCUGCGGAAGACGCGGCGUCUGACUCUGAGGUCGACGCAAGCGACGCGGAAAGUGAAGCUGCCGAAGGCGAGGAAGGGGCAGAUGAGACGCAGAAGGUGGAGGAGGACCAGUUUUUCUCCAUGGAAGCCAUGCGACGUUUCAUCCUCCAAGAAGAAGAGAAGGAGCGCAAGAGACAAGAUGCGGAAAAGGACAAAUCGCUCGCUUCCGCGGACGAAUUGGACGAGGACGACGGCGAGGACGUUGACAUGCUUCUGGAGGAAGCCGAGGAUGAUGACGAAGAAGCGCGAAACCUGAAGUACUCAGACUUCUUCGAUGCGCCGUCCGGCGAAGGUCUCGGCGACGACGACAGAGUUUCUUCGGCGAAGCGCAGGAAGAGAGCCACCAGGGUUUCCGAUGACGAGGAUUCGCAGGACGAGGACGCGUGUGAAGAGGAGGAGGAAGGUUUCAAGUUCGAGGAUGGCGAGAUGGACGAAGAAGAGCGGCGCCUGCAGCGGGAGCUAGACCGGCUGGAGCGUCGGCUCCGGGAAGACGCAGAAGAGGCGCGUCAGCAGCGUCGCGAGAAGGGGAAAAAAGGCGCAGACGCGGAGGGCAACAGCGACGAAGAGGGCGCCAGCGAUGCCUCGAGUGCCUUUUCUGACGCAGCUGAGGACGACGACCGUGGCGAAGACCGCAAGAACCUCCGGCACGCUUCUCUGCGCGAAGUCAUGGCGCACUCCGCGGCUUUGCAAAGUGACAUCGACAAGCUGGAGCAGGAGCUUGUGGCGAAGAAGGCUUGGAAUCUUCAGGGAGAGGCCUGGGCGAAGCAGCGCCCUCGGAACGCGCUUCUCGAUGUCGGGCCCCUCGAUCUCCCUCUGCUGACAUCUUCUGUGAAGGAUGACCAGGCCGCGGAACUGGAUGACAGGCUUGGAACGCUCGGUGAGGAAGAGACAGACGAAGAGCAGGGCGGCACGCAGAAGAUCAGCAAGCUCAGUGAGUACAUUGAAAAGAUCCUGAGGCAGCGCAUCGAGGAGAAUCUCUUUGAUGAUGUCAUUCGGCGCGCCGUCGUCCCGCCAAACCAAAUGAAGAAGGGCGACGACGCGACUGUGGAACUAGAUAUGGAGAAGAGCAAAGUCGGGUUGGGCGAUCUGUACGCGAUGGAAUACGAGCAGAAGCUCAUGGGAGGUGCGGGCGGCAGCGGAAAGGUGUCCGCAGAAGAAAAGCAGAAGGCGGAGCUGCUGGAAAUGUUUGGGGAGUUGAUGUACAAGUUAGACUGCCUGAGCAACAUGAGCUUCCGGCCUGCGCCGCCAGCGGUAGCCGAGAAGGCGAAGUUAGGCAGCGGAGACGGCGGCGUCGCCGCGGUUCAGGUAGAAGAGGCCGUGCCGGUGCUCCACAGCGAUGCCUUGAGGAAGGCGCCGGAGGAGCUCAGGAAGGCACCGAAGCAGAAAGACAAGAGCGAGAUGACGCAGGCCGAGCGCAAGGCGGAGCGGCGGAACAAGAAGGAGCGACGCCGCAAGCGCGUGCUAGGGCAAGUCAGACGCGGAGAGCUGACGAAGGAAGGCCUCAAGGAAAGGGAGACCAAGAUUGCGGCGAAGAACAAACAACAAAAGGAGAACCGGCUCAGCAAGAAGCAGACUGGACUAACGCAACAGGAAGCCAUUGCAGAGCUUAGAAAGAAUCAGAGAAGAGUAAAGAUCCAGGAACUCCUCAGCGAUGCGAUGAAAGCUGCGCGAUCGGAACGCCGUCAGAAAGCGGGUUCCAAGUAG